UUGUCGAUGACAACAUCCUGUUUCUCGAAGCUGCCCCAGAAAAGUGAUGCCAGUGACUCUCCUUGGGAUGUUUUUUUUCGACGAAAGCAACGACUUUUAAACGGCAACUUUAUGUGUAGUGACGUGAAUCCUGCGUGCGACUCCCUGGGUGCUGGUCGGAGGGCUCAAUCGACUUUGCGGACUGCUGCCGCUGCUGCGCGACUCGGAAAGAGUGUGUCCUAGCCUGGCCUGCCAGACAACUCAGCGCAUCGCCCAUCGCCGCCAUUGCAUGUUCGUGCUCCGUGUGAAAAGUGCUGCGUUAGGCUGAACGCCCUGCCGUGCCUGGCCGCGCCACGCCCCAGAGCCCGGCCCCGUCGCCCCCGCCGCCCCAGCCGCCCCCGCCAGAACCGGUUCAAGAUCAAGAUCCACUCCGAUUGAUGAUCGGGAUCGCCAAGGAGGACAGGCAACGCACAGGCAUCACAGUGAAAAUUCGCAACAACAUGAAGAGGAGCUCCGAUCGGGACACGCCGCCGCCCCGCAGUAAGCGGUCGCGGUCCAGCAUAGGGCGCUACGACGACAGCUCGGACGAGAGGAUGACGCCCGACAGGGACCGCGACAGAGACCGCGACAGGGCGCGAGGGGGGCCAGGUCCUGGGCGGCGAGGAAGCAGAGCCGGGAGCCGAGGCCGGUCCUCCAGUCCGCGGAGGUACCCCUCCGACGGCCCCCACCGCGACCGCGACCGCGACGACUACCGCGGCUCCAGGGAUGCAGCCGACAGGACGUACUCGUCGUACAAAGUGUUGUGUGUGAGUGCUUUGCACCCGAAAGCUAGCGAUGAAGUGGUCAAGGAUAGUCUGUACAGGGAGUACAAGAAGUUUGGUGACAUAAGUAUCAGGAUAUCUCGUGACUUGGAUGAGCGAGUAGCCUACGUCUGUUUCAGAAGCAGUGAGGAUGCUAGAGACGCUAAGCAUACCAAACCUAGGAUAGUUAUUUAUGAUAAGGUGGCUGUUGUAGAAGCAGUGUAUGAGACCAGCCGUUCAGGAGAUGUCUAUCGUCGUCCUACAAGUCGGCCCAGAAGUAGAUCUGUUAGUCCAGAAUAUGACAGGUACUAUCAGCGGUCUCCACCACCAGACAGGCACCGACCUGGAGAUCAACGGUAUGACAGAUAUGGUCCUCCCCCUGGUAUGCCUCACAGGGAAUUUCGCAGGGACGGUCCACCACCUCCUCAUGACUUCAUGCGCCCUCCCGUUCAUCAUGGCCCGCCACCUCACAUGCCCCCAGGUGGACCACACCAUUAUGGACCACCUCGCCACAUGAUGCACGGCUUCAAGCCACCCGGAGGACCUGGGGGCCCUCAUUUUGACAAAAUGGAUCCCAAGAAGGACAAAUUUCCCAACUAUUUACAGCACCUCCCCCCAGAAGAUGAUCCCUUGGCAACCAGAACACUUUUUGCUGGAAAUCUGGAAAUAAAUAUUUCUGAUGAUGAGUUACGAAGGAUAUUUGGCCGGUUUGGAAACGUUGAGGACAUUGAUAUCAAGCGCCCUCCCCCUGGUACAGGAAAUGCCUAUGCUUUUGUAAGGUUCCAAAACUUGGACAUGGCCCACAGAUCAAAAGUUGAGUUAUCUGGUCAAUAUAUUGGUAAAUUCCAAUGUAAAAUAGGCUAUGGGAAAGCCACACCUACAACCAGAAUUUGGGUUGGUGGGCUGGGCCCUUGGAUAUCUGUCUCUCAACUUGAACGUGAGUUUGAUAGGUUUGGAGCAAUCAAGAAGACUGACUAUGUUAAAGGUGAAACUUCAGCCUAUAUCCUUUAUGACUCAAUCGAUGCUGCCCAGGCUGCUGUGAAGGAAAUGAGAGGGUUUCCCUUGGGCGGUCAAGAUCGACGACUAAGAAUUGACUUUGCAGAUGUUGGUCCCAGUUUUGGAUUUAAGCAGCGGCCUCCUUUCCAAUCUGAAGAUGCUCCAGGAGGUGGUGGAGACUUCCGUGCCAGACCACCUGGCAGAGAAGACUUCCCCUAUGAUGCACCAUAUGAAAAUUGGCAAGAGGGUGAAUUUGGAAAUUACAGUGGUCCACCACGAGGGUUUAGGGGAAGAGGUGGGUGGCAUGACAGAAGAGGUGGUGGUCGUGGUGGAUUCAGAGGGGGUCAGCAAUCUUUCCCACCUGACGGCUAUGUAAGGAAUGAGGAUCCUGAGUGGAAUUCAAGAAGGCCCCCGCCAGAUGCAGAAUAUGAUGGUGCAGGUAGACGAUCCAGUGUUGGUGAUGGAGCAGGUGACCGCUCUCGUUCCAACUCACCUCGCAGGCACUCGGCUGGCAGCGAUUCUGGGUCUGAGAGGGGUCGCAAUGGUCUUUUGAGCUCUGCCCACACUCUUCCUGAACUUGCACGGAAGUGUUCAACCCUGUGGCAGGGUGCUCUUAUUCUUAAGAACUCUUUGUUUCCAGCAAAAUUCCACCUCACAGAUGGAGAUUGUGACAUAAUUGAAGGCUUGAUGAAAGAUGAGGAUGGCAAACAUAUGCUCAGAAUAACUCAAAGGCUUCGCCUUGAUCAACCUAAGCUGGAAGAUGUUUCCAAGCGAAUCUCAUCUUCUCUAUCUCACGCCAUUUUCUUAGGGCUUGCAGGUUCAUCAGCAUCCAUUUCUAGUGAUGAUGCAAGUGUUCAAACUAGACCACUACGUAACCUUGUAUCCUAUCUUAAGCAGAAGGAAGCAGCUGGUGUCAUUUCUCUGUUAAACAAAGAUACAGAAGCAACAGGAGUCUUGUAUGCUUUCCCUCCAUGUUCCUUUUCUACAGACUUGCUUAAGAGAACUGCUCCCAAUUUGACCGAAGAAAGUCUGAAAGAAGAUCAUUUGGUUAUUGUAGUUGUGCGUGGUGGAAGUGCUUAGCAAUAAUAAUAUUACUUUUGACACUAGGACUUGGUUUGUCUAUGAACUCUAUUGCACUUAGCUUUUGUGCUGUCUAUAUUAUUACACAUCAUGCCUAUUUUUAUACUGUACUUCUAGUGAUGAAGUGGACCUUUAUCUUCUUUAGAAGAGUAUGCUGUAAUUGUCUUUUAUCGUUUUCAAUUUAUUAUUGACCGAAUCUGAUUGUCAUUAGCCCUCAUCAGAGAUAAAAAUGUUAAUUGUCUUUUCUUCAGUAUAUUUUUAUGCUUUCAUUAUUCAUUAGGACCAUUGAUUUAUGACUUUUCAUUCUGUCCUGCAGUUCAUUUGCAACAGAUGAAAUUCAGCAGAUGUGGGUAUUUGUUGUAAUGGGUGGCUACUAUUCCUUUUUAUCAAGCAAAUAGAUAUGGUCCAAUAAAAAUAAAUUGAAUGUAGAUGAAGAAUUUUGUAAUUAUCUUGUUGUUUGAUGGUAUGCAGUCAAAAGCAUGUUGUUACACUAGUUGAUAAUAGUUGAAUAGUGGUUCAAGAAAAUGUACGUUUCUUUAUAUUUUACUUUGUUAAUUCCCAUUUUUGUAUUGAAUUUUGCUUUAUUUGCUAUUUACUAACAACUGUCUUGUUUCAAGAUUUUCCACCCUCAAGGUUAUUUUUUGUAAUAGGAAAUUGAUAAUAAUAUAUUUAAAGAUGUAUAUUCUACUUGUAAAAUAAAAUUAUUACUUUUAUAGCUGCAAGGAUCAUGUCUUCCUUUCUAACAUAUUAAAUGUGAUGAAUCGAACGAUUUCUAAGCACGUGGAAAUUUAAGUGUACAUGUGUGUUUUGUCUUGGUCUCCUGUUUUCUGUUCUCUUUUUAGAAGUGCAUCGUGAGACAGCUGUAUUUUGUGCAAUAGUGAUGGUGAUAUCAAGCCUAGGACUCAGUGCUUCAUAGUGAGAUGGCUUUUGUGUUUUGUGAAGUGAAGUGAUAUGUGCCGUGAGGGACCUCAGAUUCCUGUGAGAUAGGAAAGCAUCAAGAACUACCAAAAAUAUCCCUUUUUUCUUCGUCUUUGAAAUAAUAAUUGAAAGUGAUCAGAUGUGAAGAGAUGCGUAUUUAUUUCUCGUGAAUCAAGGAGAAGUGAAGUGUUGAGUGUGUUUGUGUGCAGUUUUGUGAAAUAGAGAAGUCCUUGCAGAUUA